GAGGAGGAAUGGGGUUGUGCUGAUGGGGGCCUGGCUGGUCCUUCCUCCUCCUCCUCCUCCCUCCUCCUCCUCACAUCAGGGUGUCCCUCCUUGCAGCAUGCCCCCAGCUGACCUGUGUGUCCUCUCUCUCUCUCCAGGCUGUUCCUCUAAGUCAUUCAAGCUGUACUCGCCAAAGGAGCCCCCGAACGGCAACGCCUUCCCCCCCUUCCACCCGGGCACCAUGCUGGAUCGAGAUGUGGGACCUACUCCCAUGUACCCACCGACGUACCUGGAGCCUGGAAUUGGGAGGCACACGCCGUAUGGGAACCAGACCGACUACAGGAUAUUUGAGCUCAACAAGAGGCUGCAGAACUGGACAGAGGAAUGUGACAAUCUGUGGUGGGACGCCUUCACCACAGAGUUCUUCGAGGAUGACGCCAUGUUAACAAUCACUUUCUGCUUGGAGGAUGGACCAAAGAGAUACACGAUCGGCCGGACUCUGAUUCCCCGUUACUUCCGCAGCAUCUUUGAAGGGGGGGCCACAGAGCUCUACUACGUGCUCAAGCACCCCAAGGAGUCCUUCCACAACAACUUUGUCUCACUGGACUGUGACCAGUGCACCAUGGUCACCCAGCACGGCAAGCCCAUGUUCACCCAGGUGUGUGUGGAGGGGCGGCUCUACCUGGAGUUCAUGUUUGACGACAUGAUGAGGAUAAAGACGUGGCAUUUCAGCAUCCGCCAGCAUCGAGAGCUCAUCCCCCGCAGCAUCCUUGCCAUGCAUGCACAGGACCCCCAGAUGCUGGACCAGUUAUCCAAGAACAUCACCCGCUGUGGGCUCUCAAAUUCCACACUCAACUACCUCCGACUCUGUGUAAUCCUAGAACCAAUGCAGGAGCUCAUGUCACGGCACAAGACCUACAGCCUCAGUCCCCGGGACUGCCUCAAGACUUGCCUCUUCCAGAAGUGGCAGCGGAUGGUCGCUCCGCCUGCGGAGCCAGCACGGCAGCAGCCCAGCAAGCGCCGGAAAAGGAAGAUGUCGGGGGGCAGCACCAUGAGCUCCGGCGGGGGGAACACCAACAACAGCAACAGCAAGAAGAAGAGCCCAGCCAGCACCUUUGCCCUGUCCAGUCAGGAUGUGAUGGUGGUAGGCGAGCCCACGCUGAUGGGGGGGGAGUUUGGGGAUGAGGAUGAGCGGCUCAUCACCCGGCUGGAGAACACGCAGUUUGACGCCGCCAACGGCAUCGACGAUGAGGACAGCUUCAACAACUCGCCAGCGCUGGGGGCCAACAGCCCCUGGAACAGCAAACCGCCCUCCAGCCAGGAGAGCAAGUCAGAGAACCCCACGUCGCAGGCGUCGCAGUAACAGCCCCCCCGCUGCCCCGUGGACUCAGUCCCAACCGAUCUACCUGUACAUUUGCAAUGGAGAGUGACUGGGAAGCGGCGAGGUACCGGGGGCAGAUCGGCUCCGUGCGGCUGAGGGGGUGCACGGCCCAGGGCGUGCGCCAGGCGAGCAGCCCCCAGCCCUCUCCCCCCACCGCCUCCCCACUCCCCCCACGCCUGCCUCCCCGCCGGACCCCAGGGCAGGGGUGGGUUUCCGGGGCCGUAGCUUCGUUAUUUGCCCUUCUCCCUCUUCCUCCCUGCUUCUUCCCCGGAGAACUUCUCAUUCCCUGCCCAUGUGCCCAGCCCCUGCCUGCUAAGCGGGGGGAGUUAGGAGGGAGGUGUCAGCAGUGUCUGGCGCAACUGGGAAGCCGGUGGUGUGCAGAUGCUGUGUGUUGGGGUCUGGCACAGCCCAGAGACCCUCCUCUCUUCCUCUUCCUCCUCCUCCUCUCCAAGUCCUGCGGUUGGGGUUUGCUGGACAGCUACCUGCAGCGGGGUUGCACGUCUCCAGCCCGACCUGGGGCUGGGCUGGGCAGGGGGGGCAGUGAUGGAAAGCCUUCCGUGUGCUGCCGGCUGUGCCACAGAGCCUCCUCUGGCCGGGGUCGGAUCCUGCUGUGCUGGGGUGGUGUCGAGGAUAGGGCCCCCCGUCGCAUUUCCCCGCUCUCCCUCCCCUUCCCCUCACUCCCCAGGGGCAGGAGCACAGCAGGGCCAUGGGGGGACUCUGUAUAUAGGAAGUGCGUUGCGGGGGGGCUUGGGAGGCUGGGAGGGGGCAUGGAGGACCCACAGCUCUGCCAGAGCAGCCGGUGCCCUGGCUCCCUGCCCGCAGCCCCUGUGUUUCCCCCUGCUCUGUGUGAGUCUGCCUGGGGCCCCUUUGCAACCCCUGGCUCCUGGUACCUCCUACUUUUGUCUUUUUUUAAGAAAAAAAAAUAAUAUUAUUAAAAUUGUAAGUUU